AUGAGACUGCUCGAGAUCAAGGGAUAUUAUGCUCUCCAGGACUACACCGUCCAGUAUUGGUUCGACCAUUUCCGAGAGUGUGCGGAGUCAACUGCAGCGUUGGACCUUAAAGAGUUUCAAGAGGUAACGCAGGCGGCCCAAGUCUUUCUCGAUUCUUACGGAAAUCUAUCAAAGAUGGGAGAGUACUACGAUACACGAAGCCCCGAGGGAGUUGCCAGGGUCCUCAAAAAGCUUCCAGAAGACGGAAGCAAGAGAAACGAAUAUUUCAAUAUCGAGGUCCGGACAACCUCGAUACGGAACGCAAUAGAGACGCUCCACGGCGCAGUUCUUGAUCGUGGAGCGCGAGAUUGUCUCAUCAACCUCCACGGGGUAACGACACCCUACAAAUGUGCCAAGCCGUGGUGCGAAUCUUUCACGGCCGGGUUUGGAAGCUCCCAAGAUCGCCAGCGACAUACAAAUCGUCAUGACCUACCGUUCGGCUGUCCCAUCGAAGGCUGUUUUGCAUUUGAAUUGCGAUAUGACACCAAGGAGAAACUAGACCGACACAAAAAAAGUCACCACCGUGGCUCGGACGAUGGUGUAAUUAAGUUCCCUAAACGGAAGCAGGCUACUAAUAUCUGGUCGGCUGCUGAGAGAGGCGACUUGGUUGGAGUCAAAACAUUGCUUGAUUCAGGAGCGGAUGUCAACCAGCUACACAAGAAAGGUCGGUUGGGGGGAAGUCCACUUCAUUUGGCAGCAGAGUCCGGCCGCUACGACGUUUGCAAGAUGCUGCUUGAGAGAGGCGCUAGCAUUAAUCUUGGUCGUCGCCUGGUUGGACGCACAGCGCUGCACGAGGCGGCCGCAGCUGGCAAUGUGGAUAUCGUUCACCUACUCGUCAGCCAGGAAGAAUGCGAGCCGGACAUAACUGACAACUCCGGGCGGUCGCCAUUUGACGACGCAUGUGAGCUCGGCCGUUUGGACGUUGUCAAGCUGCUGUUUGCAACAGGGAAGAUUCAGAAUGGCCUACUUCCUAACCACAAUGGCGUAUACGACUCAAUGUCAACACCACUUGGUUACGCUUGUAGCGGAGGACAUACUGCUGUUGUGCAGUAUCUUCUGCAACAGGGACAAUCCGCUUUAGCCGAUGAGAAAAUUCUGGAGAGAGCGGCUACAGCGGGCCAUAAAGCUCUCGUGGACUUGCUGCUCCCGGCAAUGGGUAUCGAGCUCCCGCGAACAAGGUUGGGGAAUGACUGGCUCAUCCUUUUCAACCCUGCGGUUUCGCAGGUUCUCGAUGUCGAAUUGGUGCACGCUCUGCACUCCGAGUAUGAUGGUGUGAAUCAUGUCCAGUUCAGCAGCGACGGGAGGUACCUGGCGACCACAUGUUGGGGAUUUGCCCAGAUUAACGAUGUAACCACAGGAGAGAAGCUCUGCACCCUUCAGCACCCAGAAUUAUCUGCCGUGGGCCGUGUUUGCUUUAGCCCGGAUGGCAAGUACCUGGUUGCUGCGGGCCAGUCGAUCGCAGUUUGGGACAUUGCCAUGAGAACCGUUAGCCGUACGUUGAGGAGGAAUGAUCAUAGUCUUAUAACAUCUCUCGACUUUGCGGACGAUGGCCAUACCAUUGCUUUUGCAGAUGGCAGUGCUACUUUGCACCUGUGGGAUUUCGAGACCUCGACCGAUUUGAUGCUGAGAACAAAUGGCUCUGUCUACGCGGUUGCAAUUUCGCCAGGGAGCAAGUUCGUAGCCGAGGGUUCUUCUGAUAACUGUCCCCAGGUGUGGGAUGUCCAGAGUGGCGACUUGGUCGCGGAUCUCGGGGGUCCAGGCGGGCACCAAGGCGGGGUUAGCAGCAUUGCGUUCUCGCCCGAUGGGUCUAAGCUUAUCAGUGGGAGCUACGACGGAACUAUCAAGAUAUGGGAGCUUGGGACACUUGGAGAAAUCGACAAUCAAAGGCACGGGGAAGGACGCUGCAUCACGACCUUCAAGGGUCACAAGAAACCCCUUUACAGUGUUGCGUUCACUCCUGAUGCUCGAUGGGUGGUCUCAAGCUCUUAUGGGGGUGACGUCAAGCUCUGGGAUCCUCAUACGGGUCAAACACAGCUCACACUCUGGGGACAUGAAGGUGAUUCUUCCGUCUGGAUGGCCUCGAGCGCGACCGGUGGCUACUUUGCCACGGCAGGAUAUGAUAAAAUUAUACGAAUUUGGUCGUACGCUCGUGUCAAUGACGCGUAGAAAUGCCAUAUGGAUAACCACUCGACUGAACGUGGAUAACGACGGCAAUAGCUCGCUGCUGGUUUCUCUAGAGUUUAUCACGGACGACGCAAACGGAAGGGAUCAUAUCCAACGCGGUUGUCGAAGGAAGUUUUAUUACUUAUGGGUAAGGGGCGGAUCAAUUUGUCAUACUUCGAACUGAUAUGAUUUAUUAUUCUCUUUGCUUUGACAGGGUCGUGAUAUGACGAACACGUGGACUGGCAGAGAAUCGUAAACCUGUAAUAGAGACUUCGCUGUUGAAAGAGCUACGUACGGUAAUAACGAAUAGCGCGUCUCUCCUGCUCGUCACUCUCGAUUCCCGCUCCUGUAGAUAAUCGACGCUAUAGCAACGCCUAGCCCAACUACUUCGGCACCAACUACUGUUUCUCUAAAUGCGCGAUCC